GUUUCAGCACAAAGAAUCCAGACAGGAAAGAGUCCGUGGAGGCAGAAAACUCUGGAAAUCGGAGCAGAAGAGAAGAAAAGGAGCGUCUUGAUGACUUUUUUUGUUUCUUCCCACGUUCGUGAGGAUGCAGCGCGGUAACGGACCGGAAGCGGGGCAAAAACUACCAGCGGAGAUGACGUCCACAGACCCCGAACUCCACCUGAGUCAGCAGCUCUGCAGUAACUGCGACACCUCGCUGUCCAAGUUCUGGUGCCUGGACUGUAACGGAUCUCUGUGUGACGACUGUGAGCUGGCCCACCGGAGAGUCUCCCUGACCAGAUCCCACCGCCUCCGCAACCAGCCGCAGUCAGUGACGCCAACGCUCCUGACUCCGGUGAAGUACUGCAGGCUGCACAUGUCGGAGCCUCUGGAGCUCUACUGCUUCACCUGCCAGCAGUUCACCUGUAAGGACUGCCAGCUGACCGCACACAGGAGCCACAGCUACGAGUUUGUGCCCAAAGCCCUGGUGGUCGUGAGGAAACAGCUGGAGGCCUGCGUCCAGCCCGUGAUGGCUCGGAAAGACACUCUGAAACACACGAUGCGGGACAUGGAAACCAGGUUGGAGUUCAUUCAGGGGAAUAAAACACUCCUGAGGAAGAACCUGACCACGUGUUACUUCGCCGUGGUUCAGAGUCUCAAGAACAGGGUGUCCAAAAUCUUUCAGGACGUGCUGGAGGCGUUUAAGUUGGAGACUGACCAUAUCGACAACAGGAUUAAGCAGCUGAAGCUGCUGCAGCAGAAACGUGUGACGCUGAUGCAAACCUCAGAAAAGUGCCAAAGUAUCACCGACCUGCAAACCCUGCUGAACCUCAAGGAACAGAUUGAGUCUCAGGUGAAGGAGAUCCUGGAUGAGGACCUGAGUCCACCUCCCACCAUGUCCCAUAUAAAGGUCUCCUCCUCCCUCAAGGCGUUUGAAGCCGUCACUAACACUUUUCAGGUUGAAGUGUCCUGGAUUCCCUUCUCCGUGUCACAGAGCUGCAAUCCCAAAACGCACAGCCGUCCUGCCGAUUCCCACCCGACUCCUCCCACCACCUGUCCCAGCCACGCCUCCCUCAGCACCCACAAACCCGCAGGUUCCUCUCAUCGCAGCUCAGUGUGCGAUCCUUCCUCCUGCACCAGUCCUUGUCCCUCCUGUAAGAACCUUCCCCAAAGUACCGCCUCGUCUCUUCCGGUCGGCGGUCUUCAUGCUGGCUCCUCCUUCACUUCCCCAUCUACGUCUUCCUCUCUGCGGGACAUUUUGAGCUCCACACAAACAGCUGUAUCCUCACAGAUGACUGUCCCCUCGCAAACAGCUGUUCCAGGUCCCUCCUCCCUCUUAGUGGGUCCCCCCAACGCCACUCCUGCCCUCCCAGCGCCAGCGCCAGCCGCCUGCUCACAGAUGCAGCUGAUGUCCAACUCGGUGCCACAUUCACAUCUCUCUGAGCAGCAGAAACCUCUACCUCCAGCCAAACCUGCCGGUUCCAGUCAGAACCAGCUGCCCGUGGUUCCGCAGAGCGCUCUACCCGCCACCAACCCUCCCCUCGUGUGCUUGACAAACAUUUGGACGCCGCCCACGGUGCUGAUGCCCACCUUCACGCAGUCCACCUGGAUUCCCCAGUCGGCAGGUCUGCCACUCCACAGUCCAGUCCUCAACCCCGGCCACCCGUCACAGCCUCCGCCUGAGCAACGCCCCCCCUGUCAAAGCCAGGCCCCCGUUGCUGCCUUCUCAGUGGGACCACAGAUCCCCAGUCCACAGAAUCUAUCUGGAAAACAGCUCAACCAGGUGGGAGGAGCCAUCCUUCAGGAGUUUGGUCUGCUCACACCCAUUCAUCAGACUCUGCCUGUUACUGGUAAUUUCGUGUCGCUGGGCAGUUCCACCUUCCUGCAACAAACUCCCAUGAAUGCAGAUUCUGUCACACUCGGCAGCGGACCGUCCUCACAGCAGAACUACGUCUCCAGGAUCAGAGUUCAUCGCCUCAGUCAGCCAAUUCCCAGUGUGCUUCAGAAACCUGCGAGGAACGAACCGACUACCACUACGGUAGAACGGACCGAACCGGCAGUGGAUGAGCCAACGAGCACCUUAUCAGACGACACAGACUCUGCAGAGAACAAACCCACGAGCACCACAGCCGACAACACUGACCCCUCAGAGGACGAACCAACAACCACCACGUCCGUGGAAGAAGACACCAAGCUCAUCACCUCCACGUCGGAAGACAUCGAGUUCGAGGAGACACCCAAAACAUCCAACACCACAGAAGAACAGUCGAGCCCCGUGGUUGGUCUGCAGCACUUCAUUGACCAGUGGGAGGUCUCCGGGGUUGACCAGCGGGAGCGCUCCAAGGUUAGGCAACGAGAGCGCUCUAUUGUUGACCAGCGGGAGGACUCCGUUAACGACAGGCAGCGCUCCAAGGCUGACAAAAGGUGGCGCGCCAGCGUUGACCAGCGAGACCAUUCCAGUUUUGUCCAGCGGGGGGGCUCCAGCGUUGACAUACGGAGGCGCUCCAAGUUCGGCAAACGGACGCGCUCCAUCGUUGACCAGCGGGAGGGUUCCUCCAUUGACGAAAGGCAGCGCUCCAAGGUUGACAAAAGGCAGCGCUCCAUCGUUGACCAGCAGGAGGACUCUCAGGCUGAGGAAAGGCAGCGCUCCAAGGUUGACAAAAGGCAGCGCUCCAUCGUUGACCAGCAGGAGGACUCUCAGGCUGAGGAAAGGCAGCGCUCCAAGGUUGACAAAAGGCAGCGCUCCAUCGUUGACCAGCAGGAGGACUCUCAGGCUGAGGAAAGGCAGCGCUCCAAGGUUGACAAAAGGCAGCGCUCCAUCGUUGACCAGCAGGAGGACUCUCAGGCUGAGGAAAGGCAGCGCUCCACGGUUGGCCGCCGGCAGCUCAGGCUGUCCCUGUUCAGACUGCCCAUUUCCCCUCCUGCCCGCGGUAGCUCACUCCCCAGCUUCCGUCUGGUCCGCGGCGACGCCGACGAUGAGAUUUACUUAAAGAAGAUGACCGACUCGCCCACCGAGGCUGUCCCAGACGACAUGUUCAGUUUCGCCGAGUCGCCCACCAACGCCCUCUCGGACGACACUUUUGAUUUCACCGAGCCGCUCACCGAAGCCGACGCUGACACCAUGUUCGAUUUCACCGAGCCGCUGUCUUCCCCGGAGUCCGACCUCUCCGUGGAGAUCCUGUCCUGCUCGGUGUGUGUGUCUUCAGACUCUCUGAUCAUCUGCUCGGCCUGCGCCCGAGGAUACCACAGAGACUGCCACAUUCCUCCGAUGGGCCUUGACGUCAAAUCGGGGUGGAUUUGUUCGUUGUGUCAGGACCUGUCAGACCCGCGGGACCCCUACAGCGCCGACAGACCGUGGGGCCCUCAGGGUCCGCGCCUCGGACUGCAGGAUCAGAGGAGGUGUGAGACUCUGCUGCUGUUCCUGAAGGUGGAGGGCUGCAGCCGACUCACCGAGUUCGCCGGCUGGUCCGUCCUGGAGCCCGUAUCGGAGCGUCUGCUGCUCCGCCUGGAGCCGCCCUACGAGACCACCGUGAGCUUCGUGUCUGACGUGUGGGCCGUGUUCCGGAACGCCCCGUGGGACGACGCCCUGAAGGACCUCCAGCAGAGCUUCAGGAAGAAGCUGCAGGAGGUUCUGGGACGGGAGCUGCCUGUGCUGGUGAUGGUGGUUCAGCCUGGGCCGGAGGAGGAGGUCCAGCCAGAGUCCGGCUCCAAGCUGGAUCACAUCAAGAAGAAGCUCAAACACUUCAUGGACUCGAAACGUCACGAGAAGACGACGUAGGUGGAGGACUGUCCCUCCGUCCCACAGGAAGCCUCCUCAGCAGCUUCACCGACGUUCAGCGGUGUUUUCUCUCCCCGUGGGGUUUUGUUGUCUGCCACAGCUCUGACAGUUUUUCUUCUUUUGGAAGUAAAUUAUGAGCCAGC